AUGAAUCCAAGUUUAGAAGAGAUUAGCAAGCAGCUAGAUACUGAAAUAGAAAAAGUAAUACAAUAUAAAAAGAACCUGUUGUUACUGGCAGAUGCAAAAAAGAAAGAGCUCGAAGAUAUAAGAAAAAAUAACUUAAGAUUCGGAACGAUUUCGACAGAUGACUUAGAUGAUAUCAUUGAAAUCCUAGGAGAUUUUGAAAAUGCAACGCCUCAGCAAAAACAAUACGUAAUAAAUACUUUCAAACAAUUAUCAUCAGUAACAAUCUAG